UACCUGAUGCCAGCUUUCUGGUAAUGUAGGCCACUGAAGCAAAUCCAGAGAGAUUGAGUUGGAAGACAGGAGGAGCAUCUGAGAUUCAUUUGGUUACUGUGCUACCUCUCUCUCUCUCUCUCUCUCUCUCUCUCUCUCUCUCUCUCUCUCUCUCUCUCUCUCUCUCUCUCUCGUUGUUGCUUCCACCCAUGAAGAAUUUCAAAAUGGGUUUCAGCUGAGACAUUCCCAGUUGUGUCAAGAGUAAGGAGAAGGGGCAGCGUUUAAGAGAGACCAAAUAGCAAGGACCUAAACUGAAGCGGAACAUCGAGGAACAUCCAUGAAAGCAUGAGGUGGCUCUUAGACAGCAGCUGGAAGAAAUUUGGACACGCGGACAGAGGAAACUAUGACUGGUUAACUAGUGAGCCAGGUGUCCCAUUGCUGGAAACACAGCUACAGAGUCAGCACAAAACAAGCUCAACCAAAGAAGAUAUUGAACCGUUCUUAUGCAUCAUCCUGCCGGCUACCAUGAUGCUCUUUCUGGCAUUCCUGUUGCUCUUCCUUUACAGACGCUGCCGACGUCGCAACCCUCAGGCUCAGAUCUUCAGCAUUGACCUCCCAGAGUCCCUUCCAGAGCAUGAAGUGACUGACUUCCUCUCAGUGCUGCCCUGGAGCAGUGAGCAGAGUUUUCAUUACUCCACUCUCCUCCCUGAAACUGCCUUUCUCACUGUAUGCUUGCCUCCGUCAUAUGAGGAGGCCACCAUGAAAUCCUCAAUGGAAGAGGACCACAUCCAGCUCUUUCAAGAUCCAGUGCCUCCUUACGAAGAGACAAAGCAGCAGUAAAACCUAUUGAAAUACCUGUGGCUGCAGUUCUCGUGGUUUAAAAGAAGGGGAGGGAAACUCCAAACAAGGGAACAGCUACAAUCACAAAGGAACUUUGACUGGUUAAUAUGCUUAAUUAUUCCAUCUUUAAACGGCACAGAAAACAAAACAAAAAACUCUACAAGAUUGCUGUGUAGGAGAAAAUUAAUGCUGUACCUCAGAUUUUUCACUUUUGACAUAAGCAAAGGUGUUUGGGAAGGCUAAGUCUGAGCAAUGUGGACUGUAGCAGCUGUGGUAAAAAACAAUUAUGCUGGAGAUUUUUUUACACACAGACACACACACACCAAUAACUGAAAGGGCUUUAACGUUGUUGUUGUUGUUGUUUUUAAAUGCACUAACUUGUUGAAGAUUUUAACGAAUAGUCAAAAGUCAAAAUACAGACUGCAAUGACAAUUAACAUGAAUCCGAAAAGUGAGGGCUGAAGGUGCCUAUUUACCAGUUAAUACCAUCAUUAUGUUUGGCAGUGGGCUACUAUUAUGCUACAGGCCUUCCAUUGUUCUUCUGACAGCUGUGAAGUCUGAAUACAAGUAAAAGUGACCCAAAAAGGUCCAGCCCUUCUAUGGAAGACAGACUUGUGGCAAGUAAUGACACAACAAUGCAGCAAUGUGAUAGGAUCUACAGAGUGUACAGAACGAUUUCACAAUGUUUUAUACUUUCAAUUAAAGAAUACACAAGUCAUGUAACCAUUCAGCUAUGAGUGUAAGGUGGACUAAAUCUAGCUAAAUAAUAAAAUAAAGUUUUUCUUUUGGGGGGGGGGUUAAUCACCUUUUAGUUUGCUUCUGCUCCCCACCCCCUUUCAAACAAUGAGUCCUGCACUGGGAGAAAGGCAGGACAUAAUAUAUCUCUGUCUGCAUAGGGAUAGAUGGUAAGCAUAGAAACAUAAACCGUAUAACUCAUCCGAUGAUGCUACCAUGCCAGAUAGCUCCCUUUUUGGCUGAAGAGCAGGAUAAAACUCAAAGAAAUGAAAACAAACCUCUGUCAAGAAUAUAUCUGAAUGUGCUGUCGAGGGUGUGUGUGCAGUUAAUUAGGGAGUUGGAUAUGAGGAUAAUUCAGCUUUCAUUGCCAUCAUUAAUGAAUAACAUAUAUUCUCUUUUUCCCUUUAUAAGAAUUUGAAGAAUAAAGUCAGUAUGUUUUAGCAACCAUGUAUUCCCCAUCUCUUGGUCACAUUACACCAGGCAUCCCCGGACUUCGGCCCUCCAGAUGUUUUGGACUACAAUUCCCAUCUUCCCCGACCACUGGUCCUGUUAGCUAGGGAUCAUGGGAGUUGUAGGCCAAAACAUCUGGAGGGCCGCAGUUUGGGGGUGCCUGCAUUACACUCUUAUGUAUUUGCUUUCUUGCCAUUUAAAUUUUUACCCUUUGUGCCAAUCUUCAAUGAAUCAAUCAAUAAUUCUAUUCCUAUGCCACCUUUCCACAGUACAAACCAUGCUCAAGGCAGCCCACAACGUGAAAAAAUACACAAUUAUAACAGAAAAAGUAUUCAUAAGCAAAACAUCAGAAAAUGCACAACCAAUUGGAACAACUUCCAUGAAAAAUCACAA